AUGACGAAUGCUGCUGUCAGAACUCCGGUAGUAGUUUCCUUAAAGGAAUUAGUCCAGGGAAUUGACCAUGCUACUUUGGCAGAAGCUUUUGGACCCCAGUCGUUAGGAAUCAUCGUUAUCAAAGAUUUACCCCAGAAGUUUCAUGAUCUCAGAUUGAAGGUGUUGAAGUCGAUUUCGAUAUUGGCCAACUUGGGGCCUGACGUGUUAAGUAAUCUAGAAUCAGAGGAGGCAAUGUGGUUAACAGGCUGGUCUUGUGGUAAAGAAAUAUUGGCUAACUCAGGAAAACCAGACUUUAACAAAGGUUCCUACUAUGUGAACUGUGCCUUCCACAAGAAUCCUGAGUGGGAAGGACCGACGGAAAAAUUGACCAAAGAGUUCAUCAACCACAGGGCAUACACCACAGCCAAUAUGUGGCCUUCUGCAGAUCACAAAGGUCUUGAAAAUUUUCAAGAAGAUGCUAAGGAGCUUAUUAGCUUAAUCAUAGAUGUAGCCCAAUCUGUAGCUGCUAAUUGUGACAAAUUCAUUACAGAGAGCAAAAUCUCUCCCAACUACGAACAAAACUACUUAGAACGAAUUGUGAAAAACUCGACUUGUACGAAGGCAAGGUUACUCCAUUAUUUUCCACUGAAGUCGUCGUCGGAAUCGGGCAAAGAUGAUGACUGGUGCGGUGAGCAUUUGGACCACUCUUGUCUCACAGGAUUGACAUCUGCUUUGUUCAUCGACGAAUCUAAGGGUCUAACCGCUGCUCUUGAUAAAUCCCCAGACCCUGAACUGGGUUUGUACAUUCGUGACAGACAGAAUGAAGUGGUUAAAGUGAACAUUCCUCCCGAAUGUCUUGCUUUCCAGACUGGAUCUACUCUCCAGGAAGUUUCUCGAGGAAAAUUCCUGGCAGUACCCCACUAUGUCAAAGGAACUUCGAUUCCAAAUAUCGCUAGAAACACUUUGGCUGUGUUCUGCCAGCCAGACUUGGACGAAAUGGUUAAUGAUUCUGAGAACUUUGCCCAGUAUGCCGAUAGAAUUCUCAAGGCCAACCACUAA